AAAAAACUCUCUUCGGAAUCUGAAAAGCCAUAAAUCAGCAGAAAAAAAUCUUAAGGAUCGGAAAUUUUAUAAUCGGAUGAAUAGAGUGAUUAGUCAGUUUUCCGGUAAGUUGAUGAAGGAGAAGAGUGUUACCGGUGUAAGCGGCGGAGAUACGACUUUAAGAUCUGCCGUCAAAGAAUCGGUCUCGUCUCCACAGAGUGCGUCGUCGUCGUCGUCGGUGAGGAGGCUUAAAGGAGAUCUGGAAUCGAGUCGAUUUGGUGCGGCGGCGAGUGAGAGGCUGAGGCAAGCGGAGGAAUCUUUGAGGACGGUGAUGUUUCUGAGCUGUUGGGGAUCUUGUUAGAUCUGGUUGAGAAAAUAAUAGAUGAGAAAACGAAACCAAAACGUUUCUGUUUGUGUUUUUGAGUUUUGGAUUUUUGUUUUCUCUGUGAAUAGUUUUUUUUUUUUUUCGUUUUCUUUGUACUUUGUGUUUUAUGUAAAUCAUGUAUAAAAUGAAAAGUAAAUCAAUGAAGAUAAUGGUUUGUCUUCACCAAA